AUGGCCUGGUUAAGGUGUAAGAAGGUUCACACCCUGAUCACGCUCUUCUGCCUCGUCACGCUCUUCUGCCUCAUUAUGUACCUCCUCAAGCACCCGUUUUUCCUCCGAGGUCCUUCUCUGAAUGCCACGACUGCGCCGUGCGGGUGCCAGCGAUGCAUCCUGGACCAGAAGGGCGACUCGUGGUUCGGCGAGAGGUUCAACCAGUCCAUCCACCCUCUGAUGUCCAGGUCCAACAGCGAGCUCAGUAAUGACACGUACCGCUGGUGGCUGUUGUUGCAGGACGAGACCAAUCCAGCCAGUCUGAGCAUGGUGCUGGACAAGUUAUUUAAGAUCAUUCCUGGAGACGAGCGCUACAUGGAUGCCGGACCUUCUCGAUGUCGUUCAUGCUCAGUCGUAGGAAACUCUGGAAAUCUGCGCUCAUCCAAUUACGGCAGUCUCAUCGACUCCAGCGAAUUCGUUAUCCGGAUAAAUCAGGCUCCCACGAGGGGCUUCGAGCAAGAUGUGGGUUACAGGACCACGCACCAUGUGAUGUACCCUGAGAGCGCCAUCGACCUCCCGAACCCCAAAGUUAGCCUGCUGCUCAUACCCUUCAAAACACUCGACCUAGAGUGGCUCACCAGCACCUUCACCACCGCACACAUCAACUAUACGUACAUGCCGGUUCCAACACGGAUCAAGGCGAACAGAAACAACGUAUUAUUGUACAAUCCUGCUUUUAUGAAGUACGUUCAUGAGUCGUGGAUGGAAAAUCACGGUCAGUAUCCGUCCACCGGUUUCCUCACCAUCGUCCUCGCCCUGCACAUCUGUGACCAGGUGAACGUUUUUGGGUUCGGUGCUAACCAGAAUGGUGACUGGCAUCAUUACUGGGAGGAGGAGGAGCUGAACAGCGCUUUUAAAGAGACGUUUGUUCAUCACGCUGUUUAUGAGCAUGACCUCACUCAGAAACUUUACCAGCAGGGUAAAAUCACCUUCUAUAAGGGAGUCCAGGCCUCGUCUGUCAAAGCGCCGCCAGAGACACAGACUUUUGGGUAAUUCUGAUGCAUACUGCAUCUGAUGCAUCCAGACUGGGUCAGGAUCCAGUCUCGUCUCUCAGAUUCAGUACUGACCCACUGGCUGUGCUGAGCUUCUUACUGAGCCUCCUGAUUACUGCGCCUCCACUCAGGAUUCACGUCUCCAGUCUCGGUGCUACUUUAAUCCACUGAUGAACCAGGAGCAGGAGAUCGGGAUGUUCUCUCAGAUCCUCGUUUAUUCACUUUUACUUUGUUUUGGUUUGUUUUUCUCUCCUGAUUCUUUAGACCACAGUUGUUCUGUAGACUUUUAUUCAUUCUUAUUCAUUUCUACAUUACAUUUACAUUUUCAGCAUUUAGCAGACGCUUUUAUCCAAAGCGACUUACACAAUGAGCGGAACACGAUGAGCAAUUGAGGGUUAAGGGCCUUGCUCAGGGACCCAACCGUGGCAACUUGGUGGUGGCGGGGCUUGAACCGGCAACCUUCUGUUUACUAGUCCAGGACCUUAACCACUGAGCUAUCACUGGCCCGAAUUUCUACAUUUCAGACCUCCUGUUUUAUUGGGUUUUAAUUUUUUCAUCUCUACAGACAUUCUGUGGUUAAGGUACUGUCGGGCCCUUAAACGAGGCCCUAAAACAUCAGGUUGAACUGUGUACGGUUAUGAUUGUAAGUUGCUUUGAAUAAAACCUUCUGCUAAAUACCAUGAAUGUAAAUGAUCAGAUUUUAGUUUUAUGUUUAAUCACUUACAGAUCACUAGAUUUUUUGUUUAUAAUUUUUGGGACAUGAUCAGGUUAAUCAUUAUUUUACUGAUAAUGUUUCUGAAUGU